AUAUUUCGCCCCCCCCCCCAUCUCUCUCUCUCGCUCUCUAUCUCUCUCUCUUUCCAGUUGGACCUUGUAAACCACCUUUCUUCCCGGGGAGCGUCCAGGGCGAGCGACCGCCGCAACACGACCCGAGAGAGAGAGAGAGAGUGUUGGGUGGGAAAACCGGUCAAACCAGCAGCCGCGUUUGGUCAAAACUGCGAUGUUUGCGCGAUACGUGUUGUGUUACCGGUCGUUUCAGGCGUAAUCAUGGCCUCUGAGGUGGCGCCGCAAGUCAGUUUGAAAGAGGCCGAGGAACUCGCCCUCUCUCUGAGUGAAGCCCUUAGCAGUGGGAACUGCCAAGAAGCCGUCAAGCUGUGCCAGAGGCUGUCGCAACUUUCUGUUCCAGUGUCCGUCAGUAUCAGCAGUCAGGCCUACUCUCAGGACUCCAUAAGGUUGAGGGUCGGCGUGGAGGACGCUCAGUCAGAUACCUACAUCCCAGUGACCGUUUUGGUUUCCGCUGGUAUGACAAUUGCACAGCUUAAAGACAAGAUCAGCCACGACUUUGGGUUCCACCCUUUGUUGCAGCGCUGGGUGAUCGGCAAGCGUUUGGCUCAGGACCGGGAGACGCUGUACAGCCACGGUGUCCGUCAGAGCGGAGACCAGGCUUUCCUGUUCGUCCUCUCCGCCCAUGCCGCGCACCUCACGCGGCAUCAACACAAACUGGACCAGGAGCAGCAACGCAUAGAGGGCAUUGUGGAGUCUAUGCAGCUUUUUCCCAGAGGGCUGAGCGGAGGUGGUGGUGAGAAGACAGAUCCUCCUCCAGAGCCUCAACACAUUUGUCUUCCUCCUAAACCCCCGACUGCUCCUAAACCUGCUUUUCCUCCUAGACCUCAGUUGGGCUGGGCCUGUAGUAUGUGCACAUACGUGAACAAACCAACACGUCCUGGCUGUGAGAUGUGUGGAGAGGAACGGCCAGAGGAUUAUGAGGUGCCUGACAUCUACCAGCCAGACCAGCAGGAGAUUCUACGGAUUCAGCAGGAAAAGCUGGCCAUGUUGCAGUAUGAACAAGGAAGGCAGGCGGAACGAGAGAGGAACUACUGGAACUUGUUGGCGACAGAAGACCUGAACCUGAUCCCCAAUGCCACAGAGACAGACUGUCCCAUCUGCUUCUCUAAUCUGGAGCCAGGAGAGGGCAUUGUCCUCAGAGAGUGUUUGCACACCUUCUGCAGGGAGUGUCUAAAAGGGACAAUAGUGAACAGUCAAGACGCUGAGGUGUCGUGUCCUGACAAUUGUGACAGCAAGCUCCUGGACCGUGAAAUCAGAGCGCUGCUCACAGAAGAUGAGCACCAGCGGUUUCUGGAGUUGCGUCUGAGCAUCGCGGAGAGCCGCACAGAGCACAGCUUCCACUGUCAGACCCCCAACUGUCGAGGAUGGUGCGUCUACGAGGACGAAGUCGACGAGUUCCACUGUCAACUCUGCGACGAAACCAACUGCAUUCUCUGCAGGGCCAUCCACACAGACAUGAAUUGUAAGGACUACCAGGAUGACCUGCGCAUCCGAGCAGAGAACGACCAGGCGGCUCAGCAAACUAAGCUGAUGCUAGAGAGCAUGCUGCAGAAUGGGGAGGCCAUGAAAUGUCCACGGUGCGACGUCAUUGUCCAGAAAAAAGAUGGCUGCGAUUGGAUCUGCUGUUUGAUGUGCAAGACAGAAAUCUGCUGGGUCACCAAGCAAGCUCGCUGGGGACCAAAUGGCAGUGGCGACAUAUCAGGUGGCUGUAGAUGUCGAGUCAAUAAUCAGCCUUGCCAUCCCAACUGCCAGAACUGCCACUGAGGGAAGCACACCGAUGAACACAUACGAUAGCAUGCGGCUGCGAGCGCACACACUGUCUCAAGACAUGCAGACCUCAGCCGAUGCUUAGGCCUCUGGCUUAAAGCUGGCUGCAUUCGUGCGCUCGUUUGAUUUAUUAUGCUGACUUUCAGCACUGAUUUCAGUGAAACGGUGAGAGGACACGGUACACCUGUAGUCCUGCCGCUGAGGCACACCUUUCUUCAAAGGUGCGGUUACCACACGGAAAACUAAUACACACUAGCCAGGCAAACCGCAGGCCGUAGCUUCUACAUCUCUGCAGCUGAGAAUGUCAACCGCCAAUGGGAGAAAAUAAGCUUUACUGGGAUCCUCUGCUAUAAUAAUACCUUUUGGUGCCGAAUAUCCGCUUAAUACACAUUUUGACCUCUGGCUAACUGCUUUCAUCACAGUUCGGUUUGACGUGACAGUUACGGCAUCGUGUUUCACUCAAGUUUUCGCUUCAACUCAAAACUUGUACUUUGAUCAGUCAAGCAAACCAAAAUAACAUGUUUAACCUUUCUAGACAGACAUGCGAUGAAAGGCUUAUACUCGAAAACAGUACAGUCCAUAAAUAGGGAAUUUCCUUUGUUCUUGUCCUGUGUGAAGUGCAGCUGCAACGAUUUAACUGCAGCUACCAACGAUAUUCAUUCAUGAGUAACCUUUUUUUUUUUUUUGGGUCUGCCUAACUUAACUAACCAGAAGGUUUUAUGAAGUUGUAACUGAUGUAAUGUAGGUGGAACAUUAAUGAUGAAAAUUAGGGAUUUGUAGUGGGAACUGUAAGCAAUGGAAUUUCGCUCAGUCGACUUAUCAUAGUGUGGUGAAGGAUGCUGUUUUAAGUUUUUACAUUGAAUGAGUGUGUUCAUAAUGUAAAACAAGUUGCUCUGAUGCAGUUUAUGACUUUAAUCUAUCAGGUUUGAAAUAUGGCAAGGUGGACAAAUAGUGAUGCUGUAUAUUUGUCAGGUAUUCAGAUCUUUAUCUGUAGUUGUUAAGUGUUCAUUCCUCAAGACUUACAGUAACCAAUGCACUAUAUUGUAUACAAUAUAUUUUGUUUAUGUGUUGUAUCUACGGUAUAAAGUUAGCUGGUUUUCACCAUUGCUUGAAACGUGUCUUUAUAUAAUUUUUGUUAAUUUAUCCUCAGUCCUGUCAUUAGAUAAAAUUCACAACCUGGGCCUUUUAGAGGAAGUUGGUCUCUGGUGCCCGAGCAGCAAAAUGCAAGCAGCCAUUUUAAAUAGGCAAUUUCCAAAAAAAAUAUGUAUAUAUUUUUUUUUAGCCUUGACAAAAACCAAGGUACUGUAUAAUGGUCAUUUUUGAACAAGUCAGACUUUGCACAGCAUACAUCAGUCUUAGUUACACUUUAUCAAGCCUAGCUCAACGGUCAUCAGGCUAAACUGUCCUUUAUCUGCAUUUUUGUUUUUUCUUAAUUUUUUGGUACUACUUGUGAACUACACAGUAGAGAUUGUGAGUUUAAUAUUAAAAAUAUGCACCAUAA